CCCGCAGACGGAGCGGAGCGGCGGCGGCGGCGCGGUGUAGGGCGCGGGGCGGCAUGGCCACCACCGCGCAGUACCUGCCGCGGGGCCCCGGCGGCGGAGCCGGGGGCACCGGACCCCUGAUGCACCCGGACGCCGCGGCGGCGGCGGCGGCGGCGGCGGCCGCCGAGCGGCUGCACGCGGGGGCCGCGUACCGCGAAGUGCAGAAGCUGAUGCACCACGAGUGGCUGGGCGCGGGCGCGGGCCACCCCGUGGGCCUAGCGCACCCCCAGUGGCUGCCCACGGGAGGCGGCGGCGGCGGCGACUGGACCGGCGGCCCGCACCUGGAGCACGGCAAGGCGGGCGGCGGCGGCACCGGCCGGGCCGACGACGGCGGCGGCGGCGGCGGCUUCCACGCGCGCCUGGUGCACCAGGGGGCGGCCCACGCGGGCGCGGCAUGGGCGCAGGGCGGCACGGCUCACCACUUGGGCCCGGCCAUGUCGCCGUCGCCGGGGGCCGGCGGGGGCCACCAGCCCCAGCCGCUCGGGCUGUACGCGCAGGCGGCCUACCCGGGGGGCGGCGGCGGCGGCCUGGCGGGGAUGCUGGCGGCGGGCGGCGGCGGCGCGGGACCGGGCCUGCACCACGCGCUGCACGAGGACGGCCACGAGGCGCAGCUGGAGCCGUCGCCUCCGCCGCACCUGGGCGCCCACGGACACGCACACGGACAUGCCCACGCGGGCGGCCUGCACGCGGCGGCGGCACACCUGCACCCGGGCGCGGGCGGCGGCGGCUCGUCGGUGGGCGAGCACUCGGACGAGGACGCGCCCAGCUCGGACGACCUGGAGCAGUUCGCCAAGCAGUUCAAGCAGCGGCGCAUCAAGCUGGGCUUCACGCAGGCCGACGUGGGACUGGCGCUGGGCACGCUCUACGGCAACGUGUUCUCGCAGACCACCAUCUGCCGCUUCGAGGCCCUGCAGCUGAGCUUCAAGAACAUGUGCAAGCUCAAGCCGCUGCUCAACAAGUGGCUGGAGGAGACCGACUCGUCCAGCGGCAGCCCCACCAACCUGGACAAGAUCGCGGCGCAGGGCCGCAAGCGCAAGAAGCGCACGUCCAUCGAGGUGGGGGUCAAAGGAGCGCUCGAGAGCCACUUUCUCAAGUGCCCCAAGCCCUCGGCGCACGAGAUCACCGGCCUGGCCGACAGCCUGCAGCUGGAGAAGGAGGUGGUGCGCGUCUGGUUCUGCAACCGGCGGCAGAAGGAGAAGCGCAUGACCCCCGCGGCCGGCGCGGGCCACCCGCCCAUGGACGACGUGUACGCCCCCGGCGAGCUGGGGCCGGGAGGAGGCGGCGCGUCGCCGCCCGCUGCGCCCCCGCCGCCCCCGCCGGCCGCGCUGCAUCACCACCACCACCACACACUGCCCGGCUCGGUGCAGUGACCCCGCCGGCCGGGACCCCGCCGGCGCGCGCCGCCGGGCGCCGCGCGGCCGCCACUCUUUUUGUUCGGUUGCUUUGGAUUUUACAAAAAAAAAAAAAAAAGGAAAGAAAAAAAAAAAAAGCCCAGAAACUUUCGAACAAAACCAAACACCCGGACGACCCUCUCGGGCGAGCGGCGUAGACGGCCCGUCAGGCUGCGUCGCCAACCCGCGUAGAGAGGAGCGAAGAUCCGGAACGCGCCCACUCACCGCGGGCAUCCCGCCCGCCGCCUGCUCCCCGCCCCCUCCCCUCGACGACCCCCGCCCCUGCCCCCGCGGGCUGUUCGGGGCCGGAUCCCGGCAGCGGCCUCCCCACAGCGACAGGUAACGCGGUGCGGGGUUAGGGAUUCUCGGGGAGACAGCACGAAGAGAGGAGGGCCCCGCACCCGCUCUCCCGGGCGCGCACCCCGAGCCUGCGGGUCCAGGGGGGGACUGUCAUUUUUCUCCGCUCCACGCCUCUUCUCUCCUGCAAGGAUGCGCCCCAUCCCCCUCACCCUUCCUCCGGGCUUGGAUUUUUUUUUUUUUACUGUUUUUAUUUAUUCAUGGAGCCGCUGGGCUCCUGGGGUCCUUCAAACUUCGCCCGCGCCCUUAAUUUAAAUCGCUGUAUACUGUAUUUAUCGGGGCCCCGGAGGGGAGGCCGCGAGAGCCGCGUCUGUGUAUAAAAGCAGGAAAUAGCCAAAGCUUUAAUCUAGCCUAAUUUAUUUUUUCCCCUGACCGUCCCUUUCCCUUACCCCCAAGAAAGCAAAACAAAAAAACAAAAACUAACAAAAAAAAAAAAUUUGGAGUGUGCGGUUUUUUUUUUUUUCCCGUUUCGUUUCAUCCGAGCCCUGCUCGGAUCCUGGCCACGCCGAGAGGUCCGCGCCCCCAUUCACAGUCGGAGGGGAGGGGGCUUCGCCCAUCCCCGACAGACCGCCGCGCGCAGGGCCUUCGCUCCCCGCGGGGCCUGCCCUCCUGGCCACUUACAGACGAAACUUGGAAAAGUUGGAGAUAUUUUUUAACCAGCUGUAGAAAUAAGCCGUUCCCUGGAAACCUUCU